UAACCAUAACAACAACAAUGAUGUAAGCUUUGAGAGUUUAUAUCCCAAAGAAGAAAGAGAAAGAAUCAAAUUAAAAGAGAAGGCUUUGAGAGAACGUCCGGUGUGAAAGAAUCCAGCUUUUCCCCCCAAUGGAGAGGAAUGAUGAAAUCGAAGAAACCCCCGCCGGCAGACCUUCUCCACGAUCCGCGAAACUGAAGCUCGGAAACAGAGCAGACCCUUUUCUUGUGGUUUGCAGAUGCUUCAGCGUCGUCACCUCUCUCAUCGCCAUUCUCUGCGUUGUCGUUAAUGUUCUCGCUGCCGUUCGCUCCUUCCGAGACAGCCACGAUAUCUUUGAUGGAAUAUUCCGGUGUUAUGCUGUGGUGAUUGCUUGCUUUGUUGUUCUCGUUGAGACGGAAUGGGGUUUCAUUCUCAAAUUCUCAAAGGUUCUUGAAUUCUGGGCUGGGAGAGGAAUGCUUCAGAUUUUUGCUGCUGUGAUGACAAGAGCUUUCCCUGACUAUAUGGCUCAAAGGAAGGAUCUCAUGCUUCUUCAGAAUAUCGCUAGCUACUUGCUCCUUGCCUGUGGGGUUAUCUAUUUCAUUUCAGGAGUUCUAUGCAUCGGCUUUCUGAAGCGUGCUCGACAGCAGAAGGAAAUUUCAAGAGAACAAGCCGUCAAGGAUCUUGAGGAGAUAGCCAGACGCAGGGAAGAGUUGGAACAAUUGCUCCUAGAGCAUCAGAAUAGAGACGAUGACGUGUGAAUGUGAUAGUACAGCUUCAUUGGAUGGAAGACAUCAGUUUCUUUUUGUAUUAAAACGUUUGUGUGAGCUCUCUGUUUUCAUCCUUCCACUUGGAUAAUAACAGCAGAUUCUUUUGUUUUUUUUGUUUGUUGAAAUCGAAGCUUUGAUAUUUGUCUUAUAAGAGACAAGAACUACUGAAUAUGAAUUUCGACAUGUUGAUGUAAAUUACUUGCAGUAUAUAGUAAA